AUGAGCCAGCUGCGAGCCACAAAGCCAGGUCUUCUCGUGUGCGUAGCCACUUGCAUCUUCAUUUUUCUUUAUUUAAGGAAUCCAACUCCUGAGGAACCAGAGGAGGAACCCACCUACCCAGCAGUAGUGGAAUGUGGCUUUUAUCCAGAUGAACUGUGUUCGGCUUUGUUUGAAGGGAAAGAGGUGGCUCCCCAAAUUGCAAAAUUCUGUAAAAACCCUCAUGGAUCUGAAAUACUUUCUCAUUUACACAGACCAGGAAAUUGUUCCAGGAUAUCCCAGGAGUUGCAUUUCAUAACCAGACCCCUGUCUGCAGAAGAGGGCAUCUUCCCUUUGGCAUAUAUUAUAACUAUUCAUAAGGAGCUGGCUAUGUUUGUGCAGCUUCUCAGAGCUAUUUAUGUGCCUCAAAAUGUUUACUGUAUUCAUGUUGAUGAAAAGGCCCCCAAGAAGUAUAAGACUGCUGUGCAAUCCCUGGUUAAUUGUUUUGAAAAUAUUUUUAUUUCAUCAACGAGAGAGAAAAUGGCUUACACUGGCUUUAGGAGACUACAGGCAGAUAUUAAUUGUAUGAAAGAUCUAGUCCAUUCCAAAUUUCAAUGGAACUAUGUCAUUAAUCUUUGUGGACAGGAUUUUCCAAUCAAAACUAACAGGGAAAUCAUACACUACAUCAGAAGCAAAUGGAAUGAUAAAAAUAUCACUCCUGGAGUAAUCCAGCCACCAAACAUUAAAUCUAAGACAAGUCAAAGCCAUCCCAAAUUCACCCCUGAAGAAGAUAUCUAUGUAUCUCCAAAUGAAAGAUUCAAAGAUGAACCACCCCAUAACUUAACAAUUUAUUUUGGAAGUGCUUACUAUGUACUAACAAGGAAGUUUGUAGAGUUUGUACUAACAGACACCCGCGCAAAAGACAUGCUUCGGUGGUCUAAAGACAUCCACGGCCCAGAGCGACAUUACUGGGUAACUCUGAACCGACUGAAAGAUGCUCCAGGUUCCACCCCAAACACUGGCUGGGAAGGAAACGUUCGAGCCAUUAAAUGGAAAAACAAGGAGGGAACUGUUCAUGAUGGCUGCAAAGGCCGCUAUGUCCAGGACGCCUGUGUGUAUGGACCAGGAGACUUGCCCUGGAUCAUUCAAUCACCUUCUUUGUUUGCCAACCAAUUUGACUCGACCGAGCCUCUGGUGGUCUCGUGCUUGGAGCGGUGGCACAGACUUAAAGUUCUAGGGCGGGCGGAGGUCCCUGUGGAACCACACUGGCAUUUCCAACGGGAGAGUCAUUUUAAUAUGAAAUUGAACCGCUGA